UACGGAUCAGGACAUGAGGAAGAGUACGGAUCAGGACAUGAGGAAGAGUAUGGAUCAGGACAUGAGGAAGACUACGGAUCAGGACAUGAGGAAGAGUACGGAUCAGGACAUGAGGAAGACUACGGAUCAGGACAUGAGGAAGAGUAACGAUCAGGACAUGAGGAAGAGUACGGAUCAGGACAUGAGGAAGAGUAAUGAUCAGGACAUGAGGAAGAGUACGGAUCAGGACAUGAGGAAGAGUAAUGAUCAGGACAUGAGGAAGAGUAGCGAUCAGGACAUGAGGAAGAGUAACGAUCAGGACACAAAGAUUGUUGCUGUUGUUCAUGUUUGGGCAGUGGUCAGCGGUGAGGGGCUGUUGCUUACUUUUGUUUUGGUUGUUUGUGUAUUUAGUUUCUAAAGCAUAUGUUUAUUGUCUCCUUCUCUCUGAACUGUUCAGAACAAACUCAGGACCUCUAACUAUUUUACCCAGGAGUACAAAAACAGUCACAGUCUAAACUGAGAUUUAUACAUCGUCUGAAAUUUGAAUAAAUAAUCUUUCCAUUUGCUUAUGGUUUGUUAGUAUAGAAAAAUUUGACUGAGAUUUAAGUCAUUUUUUGCUCCAGAGUCACAUUUAUUAUAAUAUACAGAGGUGAAUAGAUAUAAAACGUGUGACUUAAAUGUGUGUUGUGGAUGUUUUCUUUCCACUAGUCUAAAAGGCCACACUCUCAAAAUGGGUGAGUGUGUGGAAAAACCAUUCCUUUUUCCAUAAAUAUGUUGUGUUAGAUGCUACAGCAGUGACAGGAGUAAACUAAUACGUUCAUUUAGAUCGAUUGAAUUGGAUUGCUAAGAACCGGCCUGGCCUUUGCUCCACUGCGAGAUCACACCCAGAAACAUUCCAGCGGCCUGACACGACACCAGCCGACGAAACCACACAGAGCAUGACAACACCUCAGAAACAACAGCAUGACGAGAUGCCAGCAGCUCUUCCUCGGAGUUCCUCAGCUGAUGCAGGACGAGACGGCUUCACGAAGCUGGUCUCUGGUCUCUGGCGCCGGUCCAGCUCUGCUCUCUGAGGGCCGAGUGGGCGGCACCCAUCUCCUCGCUCAGGGACUCUGUAAACAGAGCUUUGUCACGCGAACAUAGGAAACCCUUUUCCUUUCUUUAAGCAGCAAACAAAAGACAGCAGUGUUCACCGGCUGGAGCCAGCUUGAGCUCACUCUGAUAUGAUUAUAUAAAGACGGCGAGGUUUAAGAUGAACAGACCUCGCACACAGGUUUUUAAUAUAAACAUCUUAAACAUAGUUUAUUAAACCGUGCUGAUUCGCAUAAAUUAGCGUUUGCUCUUUCUCACGCCGUCCAAGAUUCGGAUGAGCGAUUAGCAAUGGAGUGAAUGGGUGCCGUCAGAAUGAGAGUCCAAACAGCUGAUAACAACGAAUCAAUCAGUAAACAUCUUCAUGUUUCAAAUCUAGCCCGACGUUUUAACUAAAAAACGAAUAUAAAGGUUGCUUUCAGCUAAAAUAGUCCAUAAUCCAUACUAAUGCCUUCUCAAGUGAAGACCUCUGGAUUGGGGUAUUUUCUAGUAUUUUAUAAACAAUGGUUUGAUCUUAGGAAUGUGGAAGCUGGAACAGCAUGUUCUCAUGAAGUGAAGAAAGGGGUUGAAGCGACCAGAAUACCAUGAAUCCCAUCAUCAUCAUCAUCAUCAUCAUCAUCAUCAUCCAGUGGCGUAGCUGGAGAUGUUAGAGAUUUUGACUGUGAUGUUUAGUGAAUUAUUGGUAGAGUAAACUCUUCAUAAUAUAUAUUCACUGAUUAGUUUGCUUAGGUUUGUGUCACAAGGCACUCCGUUUUUGGACCUGACUUUCUCGUUCUGGGGUGGGGAGGUUUUGGCGCUGAAGCAGGAGAAGACCUGAAACAAUAGACAGAGAUAACGGAGCUGAGAGACGAUCCAGAGCGGAAGCAGGAGCUCUGAUGGCUCAUCCAGACUCAUCCGCUCUUUUCACGUCUUCACUGUUUCAUGCUUCAUUCUGUUUCAUGAAAUUUUCUUUUAAAUACCGUGUGACAACUUACCCCAUGUAAUCUGCUAGCUAGGGGGAAGCUCAUAAAGAUAUUAUAGACUCCUUUAAGGGUUUUCAUUAUGUGUUUAUCUGCUGGGUGUAUAUUGUAACUGUUUAAGGGAAGAAAAGCAUUAGGUUUCUUGAAUUAUAUAAAUAAUACAAUAAAGAUAGACGUGUCGUUUCUCGAAUCUUCUCAAGGCAAUGUCUAACCUUUCCCCUUAUCACUGAGAUAUCAGUCGACCAAACAACAUGAAACGCCAAACAGGUGAAGAGUUAAUCAGCUGUAAUAUGAACCCUGUCAAA